CUCGGCUUGGCCUAAUUACGCGGUCUUUGGCUUUUGUGUCUAGUAGGCCGGCAAGACCGGUGCGUGGUUUUCGCUGCAGUGCAUAUUUCAUUCAUUUGGAUUUCGCUCGGGCGAAAAGCCCAGCCGAGCGACUCCAGAGAUGCAACAAGUCCCUGAAAACAUCAGCUUCUCGGCCGAGGAAGAGAAUAUCCUCAAGAUUUGGAAGGAGAUUGACGCGUUUCAGACCAGUCUGAAACUUUCCAAAUCCCGACCGAGGUAUUCAUUUUUUGACGGCCCACCGUUUGCUACCGGGUUACCCCAUUAUGGCCACAUAUUAGCAGGCACCAUUAAGGACAUUGUGACAAGAUUUGCACACCAGUCUGGCUUUUAUGUUGAACGCCGUUUCGGUUGGGAUUGCCAUGGACUGCCUGUGGAAUAUGAAAUCGACAAGUCCCUUGGCAUCAAAGGUCCCGAUGACGUGAAAAAGCUGGGUAUUGAGAACUACAAUGCAGAAUGCCGAAAGAUAGUCAUGCGAUAUUCCGAAGAAUGGGAGACCAUUGUUACAAGGAUGGGACGUUGGAUAGACUUCAAGAAUGACUACAAGACUAUGUACCCUUGGUUUAUGGAGUCUGUAUGGUUUAUCUUCAAGCAGCUGUACAACAAGGGCCUUGUCUACAAGGGAGUCAAGGUGAUGCCUUACUCAACUGCCUGCAACACACCCCUGUCCAACUUUGAAUCGGGCCAGAACUACAAAGAAGUUGUGGAUCCUGCAGUGGUUGUCAAUUUCCCACUCGACGAUGAGCCCGGUGUCUCCAUGAUUGCUUGGACGACAACACCCUGGACACUUCCUAGCAAUCUGGCUUUAUGUGUCAACCCUGAAAUGAUCUAUGUCAAGCUGAAAGACAACAGCUCUGGCAAAGUUUAUAUAAUGAUGGAAGCAAGACUGGAUAUCCUGUACAAGAAGCCAGAAGAGUACACCAUCUUGGAAAGGUUCAAGGGCAGCACACUUGUUGGCAAGAAGUAUGAGCCAAUCUUCCCAUAUUUUCAGCAGUAUAAAUCCAAAGGUGCCUUUAGAGUGUUUUCUGACAACUAUGUCACAGCUGAGAGUGGCACGGGAGUCGUUCACCAGGCACCAUACUUUGGUGAGGACGAUUACAGAGUAUGCCUCUCUCACGGAGCCAUCACAAAAGAGCAGGAAAUAGUCUGCCCUGUCGAUGCCAGUGGCAAGUUUACAGCACCUGUGAAGGACUUCCUUGGACUCUAUGUCAAGGAUGCUGACAAAGAGAUCAUCAAAGACCUCAAGAACCGAGGUCGCCUGGUAAACCACAGCACAUCCAAGCACAGCUAUCCAUUCUGCUGGCGCUCGGACACUCCGCUGAUCUACCGCGCGGUGCCUUCCUGGUUUGUUAGGGUCGAACACAUGCAGGAGGAUCUGCUCAAGGCCAACUCUGAGACGUACUGGGUCCCCGACUUCAUCAAGGAGAAGCGUUUUGGCAACUGGCUUCGGGAUGCCCACGACUGGGCCAUCUCCAGGAAUCGUUACUGGGGCACACCCAUCCCCAUAUGGGUCAGCGAUGACGGCGAAGAGAUUGUCUGCGUGGGCUCUAUCAAAGAACUUGAAGAACUGACAGGCGAGCAGGUCACCGAUUUACACCGGGAAACGGUAGACAAGCUUGUGAUUCCCUCAGCCAAAGGCAAGGGAACCCUGAAGCGCAUAUCUGAAGUGUUUGACUGCUGGUUUGAAAGUGGCAGUAUGCCAUACGCACAGGUCCAUUACCCUUUUGAAAACUUCAAGGAGUUUCACAACUGCUUCCCCGCUGACUUCAUUGCUGAAGGUGUCGACCAGACACGUGGCUGGUUCUAUACACUGCUGGUCCUGUCAACGGCUCUUUUUGGCAAAGCGCCAUUCAAGAAUCUCAUUGCCAACGGCAUGGUACUUGCCAGUGAUGGCCAGAAGAUGAGCAAAAGGAAGAAGAACUACCCCGACCCAAUGGAUGUCGUGAAGAAAUAUGGAGCAGAUGCUCUGAGGUUGUACUUGAUCAACUCUCCCGUGGUGAGGGCAGAGAACCUGAGGUUUCGCGAAGAAGGCGUUCGGGACAUUCUGAAGGACGUGUUCCUGCCUUGGUACAACGCUUACCGGUUCCUGGUCCAGAACAUUGUGCUUUUUGAGAAGGAACAAGGAGAGAAGUAUGUGUACAGCGAAUCGAAAGCAGGCUCUGCAAACUACAUGGACCGCUGGAUUCUCUCGUACACCCAGAGUUUGGUGCUCUUUGUCAAGGCAGAAAUGAAAGAGUACCGCCUCUACACGGUUGUGCCACGACUGGUCAAGUUCGUUGACCAUUUGACCAACUGGUAUGUUCGGAUGAAUCGGAAACGGCUCAAGGGUGAAGGUGGAAAGGAGGACUGCAAGCAUUCCCUGGACACGUUGUGCAGUGUUCUCUACACCAUGAUCCGGCUAAUGGCCCCUUUCACGCCUUUCCUGACGGAACUCAUGUACCAGAACUUGAGGCACCUUUUCUCUGAACUCUCGUGCAAAGAAGACGCACGCAGCAUACACUACCUCAUGUUGCCGGAGCCAAGGAAUGAGCUCAUUGAAGAGGUGGUGGAGCGAAGUGUCAGCCGGAUGCAGACUGUGAUUGAGCUGGGACGCAUUGUCCGAGAUCGCAAGACUCUACCUCUAAAGUACCCACUGCGAGAGGUCGUGGUCAUCCACAAAGACCAGCAGUAUCUAGAUGACGUGGCAUCACUAAAACAGUAUGUCCUUGAGGAACUGAACAUUAGGCAACUGACUGUAACGGUAGAAAAAGAAAAGUAUGGUGUCCUGAUGAAAGCAGAGCCGGACAUCAAGGCCCUCGGACUGCGUCUCAGGGGUGAAUCCAAGGCUGUCUCUCAAGAGAUUCGGGCCCUGAAGGACGCAACCAUCCAGGCCUACCUCAAGGGUGAAAUGCCCACCGUCUGUGGGCACCAGCUAGAAGCUGGUGACAUCCGUGUCCAGUACAGCUUCUCUGGGGCUCAUGCCGAGGAGUUGUCUAAGCAGUAUGAAGCCCAUGCUGAGGGCGAUGUUCUCAUUUUGCUGGACAUCUCCCCAGACCAGUCCAUGGUGGACGAGGGCCUCGCCAGAGAAGUCAUAAACCGGGUCCAGAAGUUGCGGAAAAAGGCCCACUUGGUGCCCACGGAUGAAGUGGCAGUGCACUUAUCAGUAUCACCUCCGGAUCACCCCAUGGCUGCAGUGAUCAAGUCCCACCAUUCACUAAUAGAAGGUACCCUAAAGGUUCCCCUCAAGAUGGGCAACACAUCCUCCAACACACAAGUCAUCAUUGAGGAAGAUCAUGAGCUGAAGGGCUCCCAGCUGAAGAUAGUUAUCACCAAGCCUAGUGGCAGCACAACAGCUGCUGGAGCCACUGGCAAGCAAGUAGAUGCACGUGACAACAAAGCAUCAGGUUCGAGUGGAACUCCUUACUGUAGAUAUGUGAAUGUUGAGCUGUGUGGUGCCAGCCAGACCAAUGGACUCAAGGCAACUGUAUUGUUGGAAAACCCUAUUGGCCAUAAUUUCGUUGACGUUCCUAGGCUUGAGCAACUGGUCUCAGUAGUUUUCAACACCACAGGAAAGGCAUUGGAAAUCUACAAAUCUCGUGACAAGUCUGCAAAGCUGACGCACAUAACCCCAAACGAUGUGAAGACAUUGCACGGACAGACGCUAUAUGCAUACCUUCGCUAAGACUGUGUCGCUUCCUAAUUUAUCACAAGCAUGGUAGUUGUAGUAACUUAUUCUGGGUUUUCUCUGGUGCUUGGGACUGUAUGAAACUUUUCACACAAAAUGAACUUUCUGUUGUGCUUCUCUGUAUACAGUGCCGCUGUACCCACCCCUCUUCAGUUUUUUCCUGUCCCCUCUCAUCCCAUUGCCUUUGAUGUGCAACAUCAAAGUUCAUUCUAGUAAAUGUUAUCUCUUUUUUGCAUCGUA